GACAAGGUUCUUCACUCAGACCACAAGGUUCUUCAAUCUGAGGACAAGGGUUCUCACACUGUUGACAAGAUUCCUCACUCUGAGGACAAGGUUCUUCACGCUGAGGUCAAGGUUCCUCACACUGUGGAGAAGGUUCUUCACGCUGACUACAAGGUUUUGCAACAUGAGGACAAUGUUGCUCACACUGAAGACAAGGUUCUUCACUCUGAGGACAAUGUUCUUCACUACGAGGACCAGGUUUUUCACUCUGAGGACAAGGUUCCUCACUCUGAGGACAAG